AUGCUGUCGGUGAAAAUAUCACGAUUUUAUCGACCGGAAGAUGUGCCGGAAAUUUCGCUCAGCCUCAUUGCUCAAGAGCGAAUGGAAAUGGAUUUUGCGGAGGAACCUACCCCAGAAGCACUUUCUCGAGAGCUGUUCACCUCUGACACCACCACAUUUCAUUCCAUUGCUAGCCUAAGCUGCUUUUCCCGUGAUAUCGCCAAGCUUUCAUCAUUCCAUUUUUGCUCGUUCUCUGACGAGAUGGCGUCGUUGUUAUGCGAGCGCUCUCUACACUUUUUCUCCUUCUCCCAUUCCACUCAUGAGCUGCCCUUUACGCGCAUUCGAACGCUGUUUUUGCGUCCCAUAUCUAUUAGUGGUGAGUGUUUGAAGAUAAUGGGCGCGCAUAUCCCUUGACG